UGCCGCCGCCGCUGCCCGCUUUCCGGCGAGCCGGAGUCUCCGUGCCGUACCCUUGGUCCCCGGCCGCGCGGAGCCGGGAUGCACUGCUCCUGCUGUGGGUUCUCAUCAUGGAGACCAAACGGGUGGAGAUUCCCGGCAGCGUCCUGGACGAUCUCUGCAGCCGAUUUAUUUUGCAUAUUCCCAGCGAGGAAAGAGACAAUGCUAUCCGAGUGUGUUUUCAGAUUGAACUUGCCCAUUGGUUUUACUUGGAUUUCUACAUGCAGAACACACCAGGAUUACCUCAGUGUGGGAUAAGAGACUUUGCUAAAGCUGUCUUCAGUCACUGUCCAUUUUUGCUGCCUCAAGGUGAAGAUGUGGAAAAAAUUUUGGAUGAAUGGAAGGAAUAUAAAAUGGGAGUACCAACAUAUGGUGCAAUUAUUCUUGAUGAGACACUUGAAAAUGUACUACUGGUUCAGGGGUACCUAGCAAAAUCAGGCUGGGGAUUUCCAAAAGGAAAAGUAAAUAAGGAAGAAGCUCCUCAUGAUUGUGCUGCUAGAGAGGUCUUUGAAGAAACUGGUUUUGAUAUCAAAGAUUAUAUUUGUAAGGAUGAUUACAUUGAACUUCGAAUCAAUGACCAGCUUGCUCGUUUGUACAUCAUUCCAGGAAUUCCAAAAGACACAAAAUUUAACCCAAAAACCAGAAGAGAAAUUCGGAACAUUGAGUGGUUCUCCAUUGAGAAAUUGCCCUGUCAUAGAAAUGAUAUGACUCCAAAAUCCAAACUUGGUUUGGCACCUAACAAAUUCUUUAUGGCCAUUCCCUUUAUCAGGCCAUUAAGGGACUGGCUUUCCCGGAGAUUUGGAGAUUCCUCAGACAGUGACAAUGGAUUUUCCUCUGUGGGUAGCACACCAGCUAAACCCACUGUGGAAAAAUUGAGUCGAACCAAAUUCCGCCACAGUCAGCAGUUAUUUCCUGAAGGUUCUCCUGGUGACCAGUGGGUGAAACACAGGCAACCACUGCAGCAAAAGCCAUAUAAUAAUCAUUCUGAAAUGUCUGACCUUUUAAAAGCAAAGAAUCAAAGUAUCAGGGGAAAUGGCAGAAAACAGUAUCAGGACUCACCUAAUCAAAAGAAAAGAACAAAUGGGGUCCACAGCCAGCCAGCCAAGCAGCAGAAUCCCUUGAUGAAAUGUGAAAAAAAACUUCAUCCACGAAAACUUCAGGAUAAUUUCGAAACAGAUGCUGUAUGUGACUUGCCUUGCUCCGGUGAAGACCAGUUGCUAGAACAUGCUGAGGGACAGUCUGUGGCGUGUAAUGGUCAUUGCAAGUUCCCCUUUUCAUCCAGAGCCUUUUUGAGUUUUAAAUUUGACCAUAAUGCUAUAAUGAAAAUCUUGGACCUUUGAUAGCAGCAGAUGUGUUGUGGAAGUCCCAAGAUCAGAGACCUGUUGCAUUUGAGUGGGUGUCUCUUUGAGCCUUACCUUUCUCAGGUGUUUUAAAGAAAUGCAGGGAGGCAAUGAUGUUUCUGAAGAUAUUGUUCUCUGUGCAGAAGAGAGAGUAGAAAGAAACAUGAGUUUGCACUGUAAAUGCAGUUAUAACCUUUUAUACAGAUGUACCUUUUCAGUGUUUGGCCAACGAAUUUAAGUUGCUUUUUAUGAGAGCAUUUUUUCUGUGUGAUUGUGGUUUUUAUUUCAUGUUCUGGUCAAGAAAAUAGUAUUUGAAUCAUCAUCAUCAGGUAGCCAAUAUAAUGGGAAUGCUCCAUCUAUCCAUGACAGUGAUUGCAAUAAGAGUUUCCUUAUAUUGACAUUUUUAAAAGAAACUUAAAAUUCACAAAUACUAAAUGCAAGAGCUGAAAAUGUCACUGAAGUCAAGAUUGCAGGUCAUCGGCUUUGGUGGCAUUUUGCGCAUUUCUCUGCUUCUAACCACUUAGGUUCUCUAAUCCUCCUCUGCUUGGAGAUUUGUUGAAAGGUUAUUUUUAGAGCCAGCAUCUACUAUGUAAUGUUCAUGUUAAAAACGAACUCUUAGCACUUCAUUAAGGGACAAAGUCCUCAGUUUGGAGAGGGACUGAGUUGGUUGGGUGGGGAGUGGACUGGACUUGGCAUUGAGAGCCUUGUGUAGUCAGUGAUCAGUGAACCUGCUGGGGAGCAGGGAAUCCAGGGCCUGGCAACUGCUUUGGUCUUGUCUUCACUGUCCUGCCAUCAGUCCUUUAGUAUUGUACAAUGGUUUUGUUCCUGUGAAAAUUUAUUUUCUGUUGUAGCUGUGUAAAUAUGAAUGGAAUACUGACAUUAUUAAGUUUUACAUUGCAUCUCGGUAUUGAUCUCUGGAAACUGAUGUAUUAGGUUCCAAUUUUCAGUAGUAGCAGAAACUGACAUGCUUUUAUGGGCAUGCUGAAGCCUCUGGACGAAGGAACACGAAGGGAAGGGGCAUAUGGUUCAGGCAAGUACAAGUAAAGCAUUUCAAUAGGGGAGGAUCAGAACGUGAAGGUAGCAUAUACAGAACUCAUUCCUGGCACUAGAUUUUGCUCCUUCAGGAUUCUUAAAUCUAAAUAAGGGUGGCAGUGCCCAUUUUAAGAAGGAUUUCAGCUCUAAUUGAGGACAAUCACCAGGGCUUUAAAGGGGUUUAGUGUUUGGGCUGCCUCUGACCUCACUGAAGGUAUUUCUUUUGAGGGGUGGUGUGUGAGCAUAUGUGUGCGUGUGCAUCUGUCAUGUGGGUUUUAAAAAUCUUUUUUUACAUGUGGUAUCCACAAAAUAUAUCUCUGCUUGUAAAUUUUAUUAUAGAAAUCUUUAUUCUGUAUAGAUAGCCUAUUUAAUAGGGAUUCUAUAUAACCCAGUGGGACUUUCAGAAGAAGUACUAUUGUAAGGAAUUCACUUGGUAUUUCUUUGCUUUAGCUUUUAAAUGGCUUGAUUUUAAAGGAGAAAUUCUAUUUAUUAAUAAAAGUGUCACCCUCUUGGUGCUAAGCAGGAGAAUUCACAAUUACAGCACUGUGUUUAAAAUUAGGUUUUUCAUAAUCCUGCAUCUUUUAAUGUGAUAAACUUGUGAAUCCUUCUGUGACCUUUUUAAAAUGCAUUAUAUGACUGCUUUUGGAAGCUCUUACUGUUCUUUCCAGAAAUACAGCUGCUUUGCUUGGGUCUCCUUGAGCCAUAUUUAUAGUUGGUCCCAGCAUUCCAGAUUUCUGUUAAAUUGUUAGGCGAGUAAAAACUUAGUUUGCCUCGCAGGUAAAUCAUUUUCACUCACUUACUGUCAUCUGGAAACCAUAAAAUUUCAGUGAUUGUGUGUGUGUGUGUUGUUGUUGUUAAUUUUUUUCUAUUUUAGUCAGUUUUUCUGGUGCCUAGAGUUGGGUUUUUCAGCUCUAAAUAUGAAAGCAAAAGAGAUUAGAGUUAGUUACCAGAAGUAUGUCCUCUAAAGGUGUGGUGAGCCUUUUUAAGAACCAACAGAUUCUCUCUUGUCAAUUACAGCAGUUUAACAAUAGUUAAAUGUUAUUGCUGUUGUGCUGCUUCAUUUAAUGCACUGUGGAACAGAAUAAGGGUAUUGUUGGGAUGGGAUUUUGGUAACUUGAGGCUUUUAGCUGUGUUGACAGUUUGAGAUAAAAAAGACGUGAGUUAAAGUUUAUGUGUGUGAUAUGACUUAACUAUGCAGAAAAUAUAUAAGUUGGGUGUACCUGUUUUAUGUACAUCUGCUAUACUUACUCCCUUGAACCUGUGUAUUUCUCAGUGUUCAGGUUACCUUGAGAAAGGCCAUGCUUAGCACAGAACUGGAUUUCUCCUCUGAGAAAUUAUAGCAUGGUUUGAAGGAUUCAAGUGAUAAAGCAGUGUGCUGAAUAUGCAAUAAUUUACUUCUGUGUGCUGCAUUUUAAGAAGCUAGAUGAGAAGAAUAGUUGUGUUGGCUUCAUUAUGUUUUAUGUCUUUGAGAGAAAAAUAGGUCUUUGAGUCCACUUUUUAAAUGUUCUUAUGUUCCAACCUUACAUGUUCCAAGGUUCAGUGCACUGUGAAUCUUUUUUUUUUUUUUAAUUUUGUAGGUGCUUUUAUGUAUAACUGUAAUGAUUUGUAGGAUGUUAAGUGAAGUUUUUUGUUAUCCAAAAGGUGGGGGUAUAAUUUACAUGCUUUCACAAGCUUUUUGUUAAGAAAGAGCAAAUGAAUGGUUUUAGGAUUUCAACCAGUGACACUCUCCUGAGACAGAAAUUGAAUGAAACCCUUAGCAUGGGUAAAAUUUGAAGAGGUUUGAAACUUAAGUUGGAUUUUCAUGUUAAUAUAUAAAAACAAGUCUGUGCUGUCAAAGGAUUUGUGGUCACUGCUUGCUGCUUUGAGCUUUGGAUAUCCUUAUUUUUCUAUUAAAUAUCAAUUAGUAAGUGCAGAUAAUGAAGAUGUAUAGCAAAAUACAGCAAAAGUAAUUAUAUGCUGUAAGAUUGGGUAUUUUGUCUUUUAAGGCUUUAGUAGUUUUGUGUAAUGUCAAAUAAAAAAAUUCAAAUCUAAGUGAAUGGCAUCCUUCCAUAGGAAUUAAAUUUAAAUUUUAUUACAAAACUCAACAUAUUAUGGUGGUCAUUAGAAAAAUUCAGGUCUAAGUGCAUGUAUGCAUUAAAAACAUUUCAUUACCUAAUUCCCUUCCCCCCUCCUUUGGUUUCCAACAGGAGUUAACUUGAACAGUCAGGAGCAAAGUCGAUAUAAAAAUUAGACUGCCAAAUUACUUUUCUUACUAUGAUAAUAUAUUGUGGCUUUUUAUCUUUAUUUUUGUACCAGUACUUCCCUCUGCCUGUUCAGAGAUUGUGUUUUGAUUGACAUCUAUUGUGUCUCUGUAUUCUCUGAGGCAGUGUUUUCUUUGCAUAUUAAUCAUAGUUACAAGGUCAAAUUCAUUAACAUGUUUCUGAUUGAAGAAAGGUGUUACUUAGUGAUUUUGACUCGGAUUAUAUUCUGGCCUGGGGAAGGGGCUCAUAUGUAUUGUUUUAACUUCAGAUUAAUGAUAAGCAAGACUUAUUUUGUCUGAAGAUGUCAAUAUCCUUUUCCUUUAAGUACCUAUCUCUGGGUAAACAAGUGUUAGUAAAAGUACAGUUUUGUUAAACCUUGUUUUUGAUAGUUGGAUAAAGCCUGGCUAGUUCCUCAUUUUAUGUUCUGUCCUAAGCCUUUAAAGUGCAUUUGUAUAGUUGCCGAAAACUCUAAAAAUGAGAUUAUGAUGGGCUUUCUCAGCAGCUUUUUCUACCUAGAAUUGAGUUGCUCUUGAAGUUUAUACUCCUGUGUCAUAAAGAUGGCAGAUUGCAAAUAGGCAGUAAAGGCUCUUUCCCGUGCUUGCAAAAUAGAGUUCUGGAUUGCAGUUUCAAGAUCCAGUAUAGAGAAUUAUUACAGAACAAAAGUGCUCUGAGGGGAAGAUAGCUGUAGUUGUUGGGCAAAGAGUGGAAGGAAGAAAUUUUAGAAGAUAAAUCAAUUCUUGAGUGCUGUCUGUUGUAUUAGGCUAGAAACAUGAUCAUUGCCUAGGCCAAGCAGUGUCUAAUAUAUAUGGCCAUUACCAGGUGUUUCCUAGCUCUGGGUAAAGUUAUUUUUUUACGGUUGCCAAGCAAUCCAGUAAAUCUUAAGUAAUUUUUCUCACUUCAGAGACCAGUAUUUGAGAGUGCAGUCCUUCCUGUGCUGAUAAUUUACAACUCCAGCUGCACUGACGUGCUCUACUUUCUUACAGGAAUGUGACUCAGCACUGACAGCCACGGUCAGGCAUGUGUCAUAGUCACUUCAUAUGGUAGCUAUACAUUUGUCCUGAAUGGUGAUCCAUUCCUUUCCAUCUAGUUUUCUUGUGACAAACCACAUUACUAUUGAAACAGUAGUCUAAAGCUAAGGAAAAGAAUGAAGCUACCUCUCAUACGUGGGAGUGGACUUGGAAGGCUGGCUGCCACCAGCUUAGUUGCUCAGACUUUAAAGUACAAAGAAAUGUAAAUAAAAAGCUAUGGUAAAAUAUGGAAGUUUUAUUUUGAGAGAUGUUUAUAAUUGAAUCUUUACUCUGGGUCUCCAGAUUAAUGAAACCACAGGUAAUGAGAUUCCAUUUGUCUUGUGUCUUCUGUGGUUAGCAGAGGGGAUGGUCUAGCUCUAGUAGCAGCGUGAAAGCACAAUCUGAAAAUAACCGUGACAAGAGUGCUUGCAUUAGCUGUGUCAUAUUGGCCAAGGGUGCUUGGGAGAAAGGGAUUGGAUGCAGAAAUCCGUUGAAGUCAGUUGCCUUGGUUUGUGACUUCGUCCCAUAUCAGCCCUCCUCUUAGUAGACUUCUUUUAUCCAAUGGAAGAAUAAGGCCCUGAACAUAUAUAUAUAUGUGCUGCUUUUUUUUGGUGGGAGGGCUCUUGCAGGGGUUUGGGUGUUGUUUUGGUUCUUGGCUUCUAUCUGUCGAAUGCCAUUUGAAGACUGGUUGUUUCUUAAUUCUGUUUCUUGGUGUGACUGGCCGGGAAGAGGCCAUAAGAGUCUCCACCCCACCCCACCUCUCCUUUUUUAUCUCAUCCCUUCUAUAGAAAAAUAGUUUGUGCUACAUCCAUAUGGUGGUAAAUCUGCCACAGUGGGAAUUACAUGCAGUGAUCAUAAUCUUGCUUGCCUUCUACAGAUGAUCUCACUUGACCCUUGGGCUGUAAGCAGACAGGCAGGCUAUGGACACCUGUGCUGUUUUGGGUCUCAAUGCAUUUAGCUUGUCUAUUGGAUUUGGGAACAAAGAAAACUUCUGUGUGGUUCUAGGGUAAAAUGGGCAGCGUUCUGCUAGUCUUUAAGUCCUUGAGUGGUCUUUAGUUAACAGUCUUAGGUUGUGGACUUGCGGAGGUAGAAUGUAAUAUUUUAAUUUAAGCUGCUUUUAAUUCGUUGACUGAGGUUCUAAAACAGUCUAUAGCUACUACAGUUGAAACAUUUUGGGCACAAAUCUACCAUUGUUAGUCAUUUCUCAAGCUUUAAGAAAUUAGUUCUUUGUAAAAUACCUUGGCUGAAUAUUCUUUUGUGAUAUUUUAAGAUCAACCACGGAUGACAACAAAUGAAAGCAAAGGUUUUCAACAGAAUGCAGUUUAGCAAGGUAGUAACUAUCCCUCAGUCGUUCGGUUAGGUGUUAAUACUUUUUGCAGUGAAGGAGUAGCAGUGGACUUACACUCUUCAUGUCCUGUAUAUAUCAUGUGCACUGAUAGAGAAGCACAAAAGGUGUAUCUACGAGAGUUUCUCUGUGCGUUUCACUACUGUCCUAGGGCACUGCUGUCUCUGUUCAAUUUAGGUUUGUGUUUGGAUGUUGUACGAGUACCGUUUAAUUUCAAAUAUAAGUGUCCAAAGAAUGGAGUCUUUAAUUUUGCUUAUUUGCUCAUAUUUCACUUCAAAGUUAGGACAGGAGACAACUGAUUUUCCAUUUUCUUACAAACUUUUUUUCAGUAACAGGGAAGGAAAAUAAAACCCUGAACUAUUUUGUAUAUAUAUAUUUGUGUAUAUUAAAUACACACAUAGUAUAUAUAUAUAUACACACACACAUAUUUUCUUAUGAUUGUGUUUGAAAUGCAUUAGCUUAAUACCUUAUAAAAAAUCGUCUUUGGUAAGUAUUGACACAAUUCAGAUUAUAAGUUUUACCUGUUGGCUUUAAUGAAAACUUAAAACAAUCUUAUUUCAGAAUAAAAUAAUCAAAUGGAAUUGUAGUUCAUGGAUUAACUAAGGUGAGAUAUUCUUAUAUAUGAGAUUGUCUUUCAUCUAAUCAAAAUAAGGAUACGCAGUUUAGUUUGGAUGGGAAAGGGGAUAAGAAUUUUUUUUUUUUUUUUUUUUUAACCCUGCUAUUUCCAAAACAAGGGUUUGAAGUGUCUUUUAUGCUGUGGAGACUAGGUAAUGUUCAUGGAAGAUGUGUAGUCUUAAAACCGUUUUCUUGGAAGUAGGUUUUAGUGUAUACAAGGUGAAGCUAUUUAUGCUGAGUCAUGUUAAAUUUUAUGUGGGACCUAUAAAAGCUGGCAGAAAACAAUUGAAGUGGUCUUAAUAGGAUAUUAAGAGAACUGGACUUUAGAAUAAAUGUGAUAACUAGGUUUGUAAAUUAUUCAGUAAUCAUUUGUCUUAUGUGGAAUGAUUUAACAUUUAAUUUUUGCCUUAAUUAUCACAGCAUUUUAUUACUUUACCUUCUAGGGCAUUUUAAUGUUUGGAAAAAGACCUUCAGUAAACCAUUGGAGUAAUUCUAUUUAUGGUAGUAAUGAAGUUCCUGGUGCUUGAUUUGGUUGUCAAACAAUUUGAAACACCUGUGGGGUUUACCUCGUUCUACAAAUUGAGACCUUUAGAGUGGAUUUGUGUUUCUGGAUUUAUUAUAUUCUGGCUAAACAGUAGCUUGGUCUCUUUCCCUCUGUGUUAAUGAAGGAUGAGGACUGAUUUUCACUUAAUUUGGGUGUGGCUAUUAUAAAUUAAGAAUUUCCAAUGAGUUUAAAUGUUUGCCGGAUAAAGUCUACUAGAAAUGCCAGCUGCACUCUCCACUGAGAAAAUGAACAAAGACCUGUCUUAACAGUUACUUUUUGAAAGCUUUUUGAUGUAAAUAACAUCAGUUUAGAAAUUAAAAACCUUUUAUCAUACAGAAUACAAUUUGGAUGAAGGGAAGUUUCCUUUGUAUUUUAAAACAUUUUUAUGGUUGAUUGUUCAAAUAUUGGCUUUCUGUAAAAAUAUUAUCGUGUUACAUUUAGACUGUAGUGCAAUAUCAAUAAAUUUUGCUGCUCCAGCAGUUUUAAUUACUACCUUAACCUGGUUUCUGCUACUGUUACUUGUUAUUAUAUUUUGGUUGUGUCUCUUUGGACCGAUAAAAAAUGACAAGUAUGAGAUAAAGACCUGCUUACAUGAUGAGAAGAAAUCUUAAAAGGUAGAAUGUGUCUGCAAAAGUGAAAAUAAAGAACUGGUAUGUAUUCUCCAUCUCAACAGUUUGGUUAUUGCUUUAAAGCAGAAUUACAGUUACAUACAUACAAUCCCUUAUAUUUCUUCUAGAACCAGGCUUUCCAGAUAGAAUGCUUGACAAUCCUUGGAUCUUCAGAAAAAUCUAUUCUUCUCUGCUAGAGACCUCAGCUAUAUGAUAAUUUUUAUUUAAAAUUUUAAGAGGGGGCCCAAGCUUUCAUACUGAGAGCUGACCACACACUUGCAGGAAGAGUGUUUCUCUAACAGACGUGUUGCCAUCCUUUCUUGUAUUUGUGUGUGACUUCCUUGCUCUUCCAGUUCUUUUUAUUUUUUUAAUGUUUUAUUUAUUCUUGAGAGAGAGAGCAUGAGCGAGGGAGGGGCAGAGAGAGAGAGGGACACAUAAUCUGAAGCAGAUUCCAGGCUCUGAGCUGUCAACACAGAGCCCGACGUGGGGCUUGAACCCACAAGCCAUGAGAUCAUGACCUGAGCUGAAGUUGGUCGCUCAACCAACUGAGCCACCUAGGCGCCCCCUCCAGUUCUUAAUUAUAUUCCAUUUCCCUGAUUUUUCAUUAGAUAACUUCCCAUUCAUUCCAAGUUUUAAAAGGCAGCUAAAUAGAAAUUGGCGAUAAAUGGGGUUUCUUUGGCUGUUUUGACCUAAUAUACUAUUUUCUAGUCCCCAGCUCUGACCCGGGCUUUCGAUUUAAUGUGAAGCAUCACAGGUUUGAUAUUUACAUGUUAAACAGUAUUGCAGGAGGGGCACUUGGGUGGCUCAGUCGGUUAAGUGUCCGACUCUUGGUUUCAGCUCAGGUCAUGAUCUUGGGGUUGCUAGUUAGUUUGAGCCCCAUGUGGGGGCUCUGCACUGACGGUGCUGCAAAGCCUGUUUGGAAUUCUCUCCCUCUCGCAAAAUAAACUUAAAAAAAAAUUAAACAGUAUUGCAGAAGGACAGGCUUACCCUUUAAUGAACACAGUUAAAGUACAUCAUGGAAUUAGAAAUAUUUAUUCAGAAUAUACGAAUGUUUGUAAAAUAUUAUAAAUGUCUCUGUAUAAAUAAAUGGAGUUUUUUUUUAAAUUCUAUAUCAAAUAACACAAAGUAGCUAUUUUACAGCAGCUAAAACUAAAGGCAUCUGGAAACAUUUAAAGCAUACAAGAAUCUAAAAAAUUACAAGGUAUAGUACAGUGUUAAGUGGCAACUUUAAAAUGAGACUCUCAGUACAAACAGUAGAAUACUGACAAAUGCAAACUUAGUCAUAUGUGCUUUAAUAACUGACAGUACAUUCAAGCAGGUUUUUCUAAUUCAAGUGGUUUAAAAAGCACAUUUUCAAAUAGGAAACUGAAAUCUCAUGCAAAGUAAAUAAGUCUUGAUAAUAUGUCAAGAAACUGAUUAGAAAUAGAAAAGUGAACAUUUCAUUAUCUUUGCAUUAGGUUCAAACAAAAGCAGAUUCUUAUUAGGGGCUCUCACUUGGCAGUCCUGACAGGAACACUCUCCGUGAAUUCUAGGAGUUCUACAAACAGAACAUUUUCUACAUGGAUUUGAUUUGCAAAAAGUGCCAAAGUGAAAAAUACAGCAAGAACUACCUAAAGGCAGGUCAUCUGUGUGAAUGGAGGGUGAGAAUUCUGUAUAUAGCUUGCUUUAUUCUGCUGAGCUGGGAUUUCAAAUGAUUAGUGGGUGAUUUGUAGCAACCUUGACUAUGGAAAAAAUCAAGUCAAGGGUAUGGUUAGGGUCUGGUUAUUCCAGUAGCAGUUGCUGUUACUGGGCAAUGAUUUCUUGGUCACAUGUAAGAUCUUCUGUGCAAUGUGAUAAGAGAAUUUAUCAAAUAUUAAUCACAAAUGCAACCAUUGUUUAUGUGAAACUGUCUUCCUCUGUAUAGGAAUUGGUAAAAUGAGAACGCAUGUAUAACUGCUUUUCAGCUUGUACCCUUUUCACUUGUUUAUAUUUUAAUAGCCAUGGAGUGCUCAGUGAUGAUACGGUGCAGCCACCAUCAUUAAUAGUUCUUUUUCCAAUUCUAAAAAGUCCAUGCUUGGCAGCCUAAGGCAUGUCUCUAUUAGUGAGUCACAUGAAAUUAAUUAGAAAGUAACUUCGAGCGUGUGAAAUGGGGAACUUGAGAAGGCCACAGAGUCAGCGCUCACUUGAGCCCGGCUGACAUGAACACAGGUUUCAGCGACCCAGAAGAGGAUUUGGAUAAACUUCAGUAAGAACUGUGUGUGCAGCAGGUAGAGUUUGCAAGCCUCAGUGAGAGGUGAUGAUUGUGUCAAAUAGGCCAUUGGACUGGAUAAAUCGAAAAACAUUUGCUGUGUGGUUUUUUUUUUUUUUUU